AUGUUGGGUGGUGGAGGCACAAAUGAUUCCAGUCAGUUUUCUGGUGUUGUUUCAGAUAAAGUAAUUAAGGAUAUUUAUGAGGCAAUAAAGUUUCAUCCUGCACUCUCCCCUUUUCUUGAGGCUGCUGGAAGUGAUAGAAUUCUUUUGUCCUCCAUUAAAUGCUCUAUACAUCGAAUUUCUGCAACUCUACGCAAUAAGAAUUUGGAUUGUGCUAUUAGUGAACUGGUUUUUGAGGAGAAUCUUGUGGAGUGUAUGAUUUGGGAGGAAUCUGAUGUUGUUACUGCAUCAAUCAAUGGUGUUGAGAUAAUUAAUCCAUUAAACAAGCAACUCGUUUUACGUGUCAUCUUUUAAGAGAAUUUCAUUGAAGUAGAGAAGCCAUCUCUAAAUAUCCAAGCUUACAUACCACAAG